AAGAAUAUUCUUUAAUUUUUUUUUUAUCAAACUACCUUUAUAUCUCUCUUAACUGCAUCAAACCUUCUUUCUUCUUCAUCUCCAUUUCCCUCAUUUUUCUCCAGAAGACAAAAGAAAGAAAAAAAGCAUGAAGUUUGGUAAGAGUCUCAGCAAUCAGAUCGAGCAGACACUGCCUGAAUGGCGUGACAAGUUCUUAUCUUACAAGGACCUCAAGAAGCGUCUCAAGCUCAUCGACUCCAAAACCGGAGACCGUCCCGCCAAACGCCUCCGACUCGACUCUUCCUUCGCCGUCGGUGACGAUUAUUCCGUCGGAAUGUCGAAAGAAGAGAUCAAUUUCGUCCAAUUGCUAGAGGACGAGCUGGAGAAAUUCAACAAUUUCUUCGUUGAGAAGGAGGAAGAGUAUAUCAUCAGGUUGAAGGAAUUGCGAGAUAGGAUUGCAAAGGCCAUAGAUUCAAAGGAGAAGAUGAUGACUAUAAGGCGAGAGAUUGUUGAUUUCCAUGGAGAGAUGGUUCUUCUCGAGAAUUACAGUGCUCUUAAUUACACUGGAUUGGUUAAGAUACUGAAGAAGUAUGACAAACGAACUGGUGAUCUCAUGCGCUUACCUUAUAUCCAGAAAGUGCUUCAGCAACCUUUUUACACUACAGACUUAUUGUACAAGCUCAUAAAGGAAUCCGAGGCAAUGCUUGAUCGGUUCUUUCCAGCUAACGAAACCCCACACGAGUCCGAGAACCCCACGGAUUCUGAUGCAGCAGAGUCUGCGAACAUACAAGCAGAGCUUUCAGAGCACAAGUUCAUGGAGAGCCUCCACAUGAAAAGCACCAUCGCUGCUCUUCGGGUUUUGAAGGAAAUCAGGAGCGGAAGCUCUACCGUAAGCGUGUUUUCUUUGCCGCCGCUCCAAUUAAACGGGUUAGACGAGACUUGGAAGAAUAUUCCGUUGUUGGAGCAAGAAGCCAAAUAGAGAGAGAGUAAGAGAGAGAGAGAGAGGGAAGGCACUCUUUUCCACUUAUUGUUUUUACAGUAGAAGCUAACAGAUUGCAAACCAUACAUUAUCAAUCAAUAUAUACACAAAAUGGCAAAAGAAACGUGAGAGGCUCUGUACUUGACAUCUUUGGUCGGUCUUGAGUCUCCUUGAGUUACAAAACAUGUGCAUUGUAACUUUGUUUCUGUGUUGGGUGUAGUCAUUGAUAUAUAUUAAUUUUACCACUUCAGAUUU